UCAACAAUUCUAUCUUUCUCACACAUGCAGAAUUCCUCAGCCUUCGAUCAACGUUGAGCAUCUUCCCCAUCAUCCACAUUCCCAUUUUCCUCAAUCUGAUCCGGUGACUACAGUCUCAAAAAAUCAUCGAGAAUGAGCAACUCGGCAGCGGGACCAUCAUCAAAAGCAAAAACAGGGGGGGCAUCCCAUCCCUUAGAUGGUUCAUUGAAACGAAAACGUGGAAUGUUCCAAAAAGAUUUGCAGCACAUGAUGUACGGCUUCGGGGAUGAUCCCAAUCCACUUCAAGAGACAAUGCUACUUGUAGAGGAUAUUGUGGCAGAAUAUGUCACAGAUAUGGUGCACAAAGCUCAGGAUGUUGCAACAAAAAGAGGGAAGCUUUUGGCGGAGGAUUUUCUGUUUUUGAUUCGCAAGGACUUGCCAAAACUUAGCAGAUGCACGGAAUUGCUGUCUAUGAAUGAGGAACUGAAACAAGCAAGGAAGGCUUUUGAGGUUGAUGAAGAGAAGCUGGCCUCACUUGAAUAAUAAAGAUUUGCAGAAAAGAAAAAACAAUUGCUCAUUAUGUUUUUCCUCCAUUCUUUUUGCUGGCUCUCUAAUAAUGCAGGGUUCUACCAAAUUUUGAUUUUAUUUUUCUGAAUUUGG